AUGGAGGAGUGGAAGGUGGAUUUGCUUCUUCAACAAUAUGGGCUAAGCUUCAAAGGCACCCUUCAUGACAAGAAGAGACCAGUAAUUAAGGCGCCCCCUCCCAUCCGGCCAUGCCCGGCCUCGCUGACUCUCUCCCUCUCACAGAACACACCACACACAACGGCUAUCAGCCUCAGGGUGUCUCACCUCUGUGCCUCACUCAGCGCCACCCUACGGUCGCCUCCUCGUCUCCGGGCCUCUCGCCGGCUCAUCUGCCUCGUCUGUGCGCCGCCAGCCUCUGCUCGCCUGCGCUUCCUCCGCGCCCCUCGCCUCCGUCCGUAUCGUCCCGGCCGUCUUGGCUCCGCCGUGGAUUGCCUUCUCUGCCUCCACCUUCUCUGCCGUGAGCCCGUGACUUUGGUUCUGCUUCUGCAGUGUAGAGGUUCAGUGAAUCUGACAACUAUGCACCCAACACAAGAAUAUGAAUGUGCAGAUAUGACCUAUGAGUAUGCAUACUGGAGAAAGAGAAAAGAAAAUUUGUGAGGAAAAACAUUAAAGUGGAAUAACAACAUCGUUG